AUAUAUAUAUAUUUAGAAUAAUAUUUAUAUUUUUCUCUCUUGUUGUGAGAUUUCUACGGUGUCCAGGAUUUUUCUCAGGCUGUUUUCGUUUCGAUCUCAAUUUUUAUAGUUCUGGCUGCGCUACACAAGCUCAAAACCAAGUGUUUUCAAAUGUAGCUUCAAUCGUAACACUGCUUAAUUUAAACAACGCUGAAAUCUAGAUAGAGAUUUUACAAAUUUCAGGGCCAGUCACAAAAAUCAAUUUCGAUCCUCUCGAAUAGAUAUGCUGUCAAGCUUAUGGGCAUUAUAAUAUGUGACAUUGUUGAAAUAACUGAUGAAAGUGAAAGUUAUGGGAGGAACGUGGGGGGCUUUUCGGCUCUUGCUGUAAUUCCUUUUACCUUUUUCCAGAACAGUCAUCUGCAGACUCCACAUUCUCUACAAAAUAAAAAAGAAAUGCCUACAAGGAAUUCGGUAUGUUCCCGCCACCGAAACCAUUAAAAAACGUGUAUGGUGCAAAUUAACGUUCCUCAAAGUCCCUUCCACUAUCCACUGUUAUUAUAAAUAUGGAAUCAGGCCUUUCUGAUGCUGCAUACAUUCCAAAGACAAACUUAGUUAAUCUAUGGCAAGUUGCUCUGGUGCUCACAGUCACUUGUACAAGCCACUGGCUUGUUUCAACUUCCCACAACUUAGGCGCGUUCUUUAGAUCUUGUUUCAGAUAAUUCAUAGUGCAAAAGCAAUUUGAACAGGUUUUCUUUUUAGUUCCAACAAGUGGAAAGACUUUCUCUAGAAGAGAAUUCUCUUGUUUCCACUAAUUAAGACUCAGCCAAGUUGAGCUUAAAAUGAAGGAUUCUCGCGUCUCGUUACUAGUAUUUGGUAUUUCUUUCAUUUGCCUCUUCCUUUGCAUCCAAGCUAGGCGGCAUUACCAUGCACAACACCACAAACAUAGUCAUCUUCACAAAUCAUCAACCAUUCCAGAACCUCCCACUCCUCCACCUGAACCUGCCUCUCCUCCACCUGAACCUGCCUCUCCUCCACCUGAACCUGCCUCUCCUCCACCCGUGCCUGCCUCUCCUCCACCUGAACCUGCCUCUCCUCCACCUGAACCUGCCUCUCCUCCACCCGUGCCUGCCUCUCCUUCACCUGAACCUGCCUCUCCUCCACCCGUGCCUGCCUCUCCUCCACCCGUGCCUGCCUCUCCUCCACCAUUGCCUGCUAAUCCAUCUGGCGGGAGUGGCAACUCUACUGGAGUUUUUGAUGUACGAAGUUUUGGGGCUAUUGGUGAUGGCAUAACAGAUGAUACGGACGCGUUCAAGAUGGCAUGGGACGCAGCCUGCAACCAAGAUGAUUCUGCUGUCAUCCUUGUUCCUUAUGGUUUCGAAUUCAUGAUCCAAUCUACAAUUUUCACUGGUCCUUGUCAAGGUGGCCUAGUGUUUCAGGUUGAUGGGACUCUUAUGCCACCUGACGGACCUGAGUCUUGGCCACAGAAGAACAGCAGGCGUCAAUGGCUUGUAUUUUACAGAAUCAACGAAAUGUCACUUCUAGGAGGUGGUGUAAUAGAUGGCAGAGGAGAGAAAUGGUGGGAUCUUCCUUGUAAACCCCACAAGGGAAUAAAUGGGACAACAAUGCCUGGACCAUGUGAUAGUCCAAUUGCCAUAAGGUUCUUCAUGAGCUCAAACUUAACCGUGCAAGGACUUAAAAUCAAGAAUAGCCCGCAGUUCAACUUCAGAUUUGACAACUGCAAGAAUGUUCAUGUAGAAUCAAUUCACAUUACUGCUCCUGCUUUAAGUCCCAACACAGAUGGAAUUCACAUAGAGAACACCAAUGGUGUGGAAAUAUAUAAUUCAGUGAUCUCUAAUGGCGAUGAUUGUGUAUCAAUCGGGUCAGGUUGUUAUGAUGUGGACAUAAGGAACAUUACAUGUGGACCGAGUCAUGGAAUCAGCAUCGGGAGUCUAGGAAAUCACAAUUCCCGAGCCUGUGUUUCCAAUAUCACAGUCAGGGAUUCGGUGAUUAGAGUCUCGGAUAAUGGAGUUAGGAUCAAGACAUGGCAAGGUGGAUCAGGAGCAGUAUCAGGAAUAACAUUCAGUAAUAUUCACAUGGACAAUGUCAGGAAUCCGAUAAUAAUUGACCAAUUCUACUGCCUCAGCAAGGGGUGCACCAACCAAACAUCUGCUCUUUCAGUAUCAGACAUUCUCUACGAAAACAUAAAAGGAACUUACAACAUUCGAAGCCCACCAAUGCAUUUCGCCUGUAGUGACUCAGUACCAUGUACCAACUUAACACUCUCAGAUGUUGAGCUUCUUCCUGCUGAAGGAGAUUUAGUACUGGAUCCAUAUUGUUGGAAUGCAUAUGGGAAUUUCCGAACUCUAACUAUUCCUCCAGUUUCUUGCUUGAUGGAGGGCAUUCCCAGAUCCAACCUGAAUAAUGAAAUGGAUUAUUGUUGAGCUGCUAGAUUCAUAUGUAAAGUGAUUUCCAUAUUAUAUAUGCAUUUAUAUAAUUGAAAGAGAAACCAUGAAUGUGGAGUGGCGUAUUUUGAUCUUCUCCUCAAAUAUAUUAUAUGACAAGUUUAGUUCUUCAA